UCAAACUGCAACAGACUCUUCUGACUACUGCUUCUCCAGCUAACUAUUGGAAAAUGGCAACUCCUUUGCUAGAACACCCUGGUUCCUUAAUGAGAAGUGAAACCGUAGAACGUCAAGAGACCGAAACAUCCAUCCAGAAAAGCAUUUCUAAACUGGAAUUGCUCGAGAAAUCUGCCUUCUCUUCUAGUUACAGGGCUAAAGUUGACAGUUCCACCGUAAAAUCUCUGGAUUUUUUAAGAUCCCCUAAUAUUGAUAGCUUCUUUGGAAAAAUUCAUAAUAUUUCUAGAAUCAACUUUGUUGAAGAUCCAGUUACUGAAGAGAAACUUUUCGGUGUUCAUCCGAGUAAGAGUUAUGCUUUCAGCAUGCAUGAUGCCAGAGCUGAGGCUCUGAAUCACACCAGUGGUGAAAAUCAUUUGGAAGAACAUUUGGGUCAAAUUAUGGGUGGAAAGUUGCCAAAUGAAAUGAUUCCCAAAAAUAUCUCUACAGAUCAAUCAAGACAUGGGGGACCUGCUGCUUCACCCUCUAAGAUCACAUGGUCUGGAAAUAAAUUGAUGGAUGGUCUGUUUCCAUCCAAACACUCAAAUGAAGAUGCACCAUCAACUGAAACUGAGUCCUUUCUGGCUGAAAUUGCUUCAGGUGAAGGUAGAAAAGCAAUUGUUACUCCUAAAUCCACUUCUCCUGCAGGAAGAAUGGUAGAGAAGAAAUUAUCAGCUUCACCGGGUCUUCUAUCUUUCCAAUCUAAACCUUUAUUGCUAAGGAGUCCACUCAAACAAAUUUCAGACUCUGACAAAGGCCAUGAUUCAACUCCAGAGAGAAAUCUUGCUGAUACUAACCUCUCAAAUGCAAUUGACAGGGAUGCGGUAUCUAAGGGAAUGACUGGAGAGUUAAGCUCACCUUUUGUUGAAGCUAACUCCCUCAAAAACUUAACUGAAGUAAAUGCAAUGGAUAAAGCGGAAGUUGAUAUUUGUAAUGGGAAGGAAGUAGUUGGAACCAUUGACAACUUCAGUACUCCUACUAAGGAGAACAAGUUCCAGUUCAUGCAUUCCACAAAUCUGGACGAAGUUAACAUAACUAACAGGAACAUCUUGAGAAUUGAGGACAACGUACCCAGUACAGAAUCCAGAGCUAUUUCUCAUGGUUCUGUUUCUUCACCUGCCUGCAGUAAUUUAGAGGAGCCAAGGUUGCAGAAGUGUGCAGUUGAGCCCCCUACAGCCAGCCCUUUAAGGAAAAAGCUUGGUUAUAAACAGUCCUCCAGAAUAUCCUCGCCUAAAACUACUCAGCUGAGUGGUUCUGCGAACAAGAGAAAUGUAGAAUUGCUGCUGAGGGAUACACAACAUAGGACUGAAAUGGCCAUAACACAACGGAGUCCCAAACUUCAGAAAGCUGGGAGUUCUGAUGGAGAGACAAUAUCGUAUCCAAAUGAAGGUAGAACAGCGCUGGCUGGCCAUGAGAAGAAGUGGAGUGAUAGUUACUCUAAAUUCUCAGUGGAUAUGAAAAGGUUAAUUUCUAGAUCGGCUGAUCAGCUUAAUCGUACAAUGAUUGAUGUGCUGGAAGAUGUGUUGGUUCAUCAGCAGCGGUCAAAAAUAUAUGAGAUGCUUCACCUUGGAGUUAUGCCCCAGAAUACAACUGUUCUUCACGAUGUUCAACUUGAUAAAAUAGCUGAAACAAAAUCAAUGUUGCAUCAAGUUGUGUUCGGAAAAGCAAAAUUGCAGCUGAAGCAUGCGAAGAGGGAUAGAUUGUUGAAAAGAUUGCAGCUAUUGAACUCUACGACCAAGGAGUCACAAAUAUUGAAGGAAAAUAUUGUGUCACAGCGAUUGAAGACAUCGACUGUUAAUGACUUAGUUGAUGCUGUUGGUGAUCGGUCGUUGGCUGUCAAUUCAAAGAAGGGACAUGAGGUUUGCCAUGAAAAAUUGACUGCAAUGAGCCAGUCCUUAGAAGCUUUAGAUGGAAAGAUUUUGCAAUUGAUAGGAAGUUUUCAUGCAUGCUGCAAGAUGAAAGCUGAACCAAGCUGUGUCGACACUAUUGCCUUAGUUAAUAAACACUUGAUAAAAAGGGCUUCUUUCAGGUUUCUUCGUCAGGAUUUGCAGAUGUGGGUUGUCCAAAGUCUGGAGUCUACGAAUGGCCAGCUCAAUGUUGUACUCAGCUACCUUGACUUCAUUGUUCAGAGUAUAAACAUUAUCGUUGGUACUACAUCAAGUGUCGCAACUUCGUUUAAAUUGAAUGAGACAAACAUCAUAAAGAAUUUCCCAAAUAUGGAUGCUUGCACAGCAUUUGCUUUUGUGUUUAAUGAUGAGAGAGCUUGCAAAUUUGUUGGUGCUAAAACUUUGGCAUGGGAAACCCAAAUGACCGGUUCGCUUCUCGGUACCUUGGUUGAUGUGGUUGAGGAGGUACAAUCAGCACAGAUAGAGUUCCAAGAUCUGACUCAGUCAAGCUUUUGUUCGCCAUCCGCUGAGAGGCUUGAUCUGAUGCUUUGUUUCCUUAAUUAUAACUCGGGGAGGAAGGUGUUCCUCACACUUGACAUGUCUUGCUUGAAACGCGGAAUCUAUCCUUCAGAGAUCCUUCCAGUUCAACCAGCAUCGCCAGCUGGCGGUCGCAAUUGUUCAUUCUCUAAGCAAAUCUUUGAUGAAAUUAGAGACGCAGCUAAGCGUAUCAGACCUGGAUACACGAGGAUUUUACGGCUCUGCAGGUGCAUUUCCCAGGUGGUUCAGUCUUCAACUUCAUAAAACGGUAAAUAAAAACGUACACGAGAAUAUAUCAUCUUGAUUUGCUUGAAUUGAUAGUCGAUCUCGUGCUUGUGCAGUUUUCAAAUUUGCAUUUUGUGUGCCUAUUAAAAAUUACAGCAAAUGUACUAGUUUGCUAGACUUGUUUGUCAUUGCAAUGUGUUUACUGAUGCUAAUUAUCGUUAGGGACUGCUAAUCUGUUUACAAUUUAAUUCUUUUGCCCUUUAUCACGUACUA